AUGUCCGACACCGAAGCACCCCCCAGCCAGAGUCAGCCCGAGGUGAAGUCUGAGGACCCCAACGCUCCCAUCAACGUCAAGGUCGUCACGUCGACCGGCGAGGAAGUCUUCUUCAAGAUCAAACGUAACACGAAGCUGAGCAAGCUCCAGGGCGCGUACGCGAACAAAGUGGGCAAGGACGUCGGCAGCAUUCGAUUUCUGUACGAUGGUAACCGGAUAAACGAAGACGACACGCCGGCGACCUUGGAUAUGGAGGAUAACGACACGAUCGAUGUCAUGGUGGAACAGGUUGGCGGAUCGGCGUAG